AUGUUUGUUUAGUUUUUAUUAAUUUGGAUUAACCUAAGCCUUGGUGAAAUUGUAAUUUAAGAGAAUCAAGAGUCUUCAGAGACAUUUAAAAUCCAUUUUGGAGAACCAAAAAUAAUCAAAACAAUAACUGAGGCAGAGGAUGCUGUUUUAGAUAGUUUCGAAAAAAUAAAUUUUUGUGAAGUAAAAUAGCAAUCUGUUUAAACAACAACACAAUAAUUUACAAUAAUAAGGCCUGAUGAAUUUAAAGAGUAUAUUGAUUAAUUGAUAAAUAGUUAUGAAUUCGAAAAUGAUACUCCAUUAAACUUUAGAUAGUUCAUUGGGAUGGUUCAUGUUAAUGAUGGAAUGAUAGCAAUUACUUCUGAUUCCGUUGCAUAUUUUAUGAAAUUCAACUAUAAUAAAGUACUAAAUGAACAUAGUUUUACAACCUAUGGAAAUAAAGCUGAUUUUGCAGGGGUAAUUUGGAAGGCAAAUCUAUAAGACAUAAUAUCAUCAACUGAAUCUAAAGAAUAAUUACCAUAAUUAGUUUAUUCAAAAACUAGAAAUCUUGCUUUCAUUUUAUAUUCUGAUUCUGCUCAAUAUUUUAGUAUAUCUGAAAUGGAAAAAAAUUCACAUUUGCUUUCCAUACAUUUAAUUUCCAAUUUUAUAGUAAGAGAAGAAAGAGGGCUAACAAAAGAAGUUGAAGGAUAUUUGUUUUCAGCAGUAGGUAAGGCAGGUUUAGAUAUAUUCAAAAUUCUUGAUGAUUCAGUAUAAUUUGAAAAAAAUAUAUCAUUUAAAGAUUUUGAUAUCAAAGCUCAUUAGUUGGAUUUAAGAGAUUUUGCAGUUCUUAAGAUUGAAAAUGCAAAAUAUUAAUUAUAUUUAUUAGAUUCAAAAUUAGGUUUAAUUUUGGCUUAUAUAUACUUUAAUGAAGAGGGCGUAAAAUUUGAAAAAGUUAUGGAGAUUGAUCCUAUACCAAAUGGAAUUGCAAUUGAUACAAAAAAUGGAAAGAAUGUAUUUGCAGCCUAUUAAGAUGAUGGUGUUUAUUUUUAUAUAGAAUAUCUAGUUGAUUUUACAGAGAGAACAUUUUCUAUUAUUACAAAAAAAUAUAGUAAUUAUAGAAUAUUAGAUAUUGAUGCUACAGAUGAGUUUGCUAUUAUUAGUGGUGUUAGCAAUCAUUAAAUCGUAUUUUAAAAUGGUUAUGAUUUUAUUGCUCCUCACAAAGAGUCUAUUAGAUUUUCAUAGAUAGGUAUGAGAGAUUUUGAAUUUUUUAAAUAUUCUAAUUCAAAAGAUGAGCUUAAAAAUGCUGCUGCCUAAUAAGAUGAUUAUUAAUAUGAUGAUUUCUUUUUUGGAGUCACUGCUACAAAUGCAUUUUUAACUAAAUUUAAAUUUGUUCCUGCUAGAAUAGUUUGUUUUAAUGACAAUAGUAAUUUUAUAUUAUUAAUUUUUUAGAAUAAUUAGAAAACUCUAAACAAUUUUAUGUUUUGAAAUAUAAUUAAUCCUAUAUUAUAAACAAUACUAUAUCUCAAGAAAAGGUCAUAAGAACAACCAAAAAAAUAUCAGUUGAAUUUGUAAAACCCUUCUUAUUUGAAUAACAAAUCAAUAUAAUUUAUUUUAUUUUAAUAGUUUUAGGAGUUGCAAUAUUUUUCUGUGGUAUUAGUAUAGAUUUAUUUAUUAGUAAGUGCAAUUUGUUAUAAAUAUAAAUAAUUGAGGAAUGAAGAAAUAAGAUUAGAUACUGAAAUAGAAAAUCAUUAAAAGAAAGAUAUUAAUGAAACUCAGAACUAAAUAAAAUUUGAUGAGAGUAGGGUAAUCAAAGCUCCAUCAAUAUAAGAAUAAUAGCUUUGA